AUGGCAACCCCAGCUGGACUUCCUCGGAUACGUUAUGGCCAAGUCAUGGCUCUGUCCAAUGCAGUUGGAGUUGCAAUGCCGAGCAUGCCUCCAGUUCUUGGUAGCAAGCAUCAACCUCUUUCUUUGGCGAAAGGGAAGGUGCUUAUAGGUGGAAGUGUUUGCCUCAGUGGCGAUCCUCCUCAAGAGAAAGUUGCAUGCGCUAAAACUAAUGGGGGGAUGCCUGCUUCAUUAUUCCCUGCUACUCCAGCAAAUGCGAAACAAGUUUAUGGUUAUAUACAGCAUGAGAUGAGUAAAGCAGAUCAAGAUGACCCUAUAUGCAAAGAAAGCUUAAAGGAAGCUUUCAUGAAACCUUGCUGUGUGAAUGUCCUGCCUGAUUCUUCAGAGCUAGUAGCACCUAUAACUCCAGAUAAGAGCUUAGCAUUGGGGAGUAAUCUUCACAGGAUUAUCCAGUAUAUUGACAAUGGUUUGAAUAGGGAAGAGAAAAUACAGGAAGCUGCCUCAAUGGAACAAGGGCUUGAGCUGCCCAUGCAUACUCCAUUUUCAACUAAUUGUAAUCAAACAGUUGAUGAGAGAGUAGACAUAGGAAGAAACCCAAGAAAAACAAAGAUGAAAGCUGCAACAAGGAAAAAACACAGGCCUCAGGUUCUUAAAGAUUUGCCUUUUCCCCCAAAAGAACCAGUAACUGCAAAGGAAGUCACUCACAAGAAGGUAAAGAGAAAACAAAACCAGUCUAGGAGUACUAUGCUCAAUAAAAACUUAAACUGUCCGAUCACAGCAGAAGAGAUGGCAAGAGAUACGAGCAAAGUUUUGAGUGGCAACCAACAUAGUGAUAAUGAAACUAAGAUCGUCAAGCGAAAACUGGAUUUUCCUUGUGAAAACCAAUCCGUAGAUGAGUAUCCAGAGGAGGCGUUCAUAAAAUUAGAAUCUGACAUAAAGGAGAAAUAUAACACUGCUACUAACUCCAGAGCCAAGUUGGCAGCUCAAUUUGGCAAAGGAUUGGAGGUUGAAGUUGAAGAAUCAAAAGCAUGGAUUGCAUUUGAUCUGAAUUGUUCCAAUAACCAAGUACCGGAUCAAUUUAUAAGGCUGCCAUCAUAUUCAACUCCUCCAAUUCAUCUUUCUAGAAGAGAAUUAUUGAAGAAAAAUUGGAAGCAUCUGACUAGAAUAACUGGCAGUGCAAAUAGUACGGAUAAAACCUAUACUGUUGAGUUAUCGAAACAGAAUAGCAUUCAGAGCCAUGUAAACUUAGAUGGUGAUUUAGAGAUGACUUUAGUGCAAGGGGAAAUGGAGAAGCAAGCUAAAACUUGUUAUAAUCAUGUCAACAAUGUUAGAAGCGGUAGCAUGUAUCCUAUUUCAAGUGAUAUAUUGUUUAUGCAGCCACAGGUCAGCAAUAUUCCACAGUUUCCACCUGAAUGUAAAAGGAGGAGAACCAUGCUUAUGCACAAUGGGGAAUUCAGUCGAAUGACACGAGUCUCAAAAUCGUGUAGCUCCGUAGAUGAACAAAUGGUAUCAAUGGGUGAUUUGCGAACCUCAGAUUUUUUGUUGACGUUUGGUCCCACCAAACUGGUGACAAAGCAAAGAUCAAAGGUACCUAUUCGAGCCCCUAAAUCAGUCUUUACUGAGAUAAUUUCAGGCUACGAAGAACAAUUGCAAAACCUUGAAAGCAGACAUCAGGCAGGCAUUGAAGCCUUGUUUGCAGAUACUCGUAUGAAAAUAAAAAAAGGAAAACGAACAAAAAGGAAACAUUUUCAUCUGUAUUCAACAUCAGAUAAGUAUAAAACCAACAUUUUAGAACCUGUACAUACUGACCAGUGUACUGAUAUGUCGCAAACAAUUGUUCCUUAUUUGCAUCAAACAUAUAACUACAAUGUAGCCGAACCACAAAAUGCUCUUGCAAGUUAUGAAAACAAGACGAUGGUUCCAUAUACAGGAAUUUCUGAAACAAAGAGAAAACGCCUCCGAGCCAAGGUUGACUUGGAUGAUGAAACAAAUAGAGUAUGGAAUCUUUUAAUGGGAAAAAUGAUCAAAUAUGAAGGAUCAGAUCCAGACAGAGAGGAGCAAUGGGAAGAAGAAAGAUCAAUAUUUAGUGACCGUGCAGAUUCAUUCAUUUCAAGAAUGCGUCUUAUCCAAGGAGACAGGAAAUUCUCUCCAUGGAAAGGUUCCGUGUUGGAUUCUGUGAUAGGUGUUUUCCUCACCCAGAAUGUGUCAGACCAUCUAUCAAGCUCUGCUUUUAUGACUCUUGCUGCGAAGUUUCCAAUUAAGCCAAGAAGAGAUAACUUAGGACAAGAUGCAAAUAGGAUGAGCAUCAUUACUGAUGAACAUGAAAUCAUCACAUCAUCUAGCAUGCUUUGUCAACAAAAUUCAUUGGGAAAUGAAGAGCUUGGACCUGUUUCUUUCAACUAUCAUUUUGAAGAUGGGGAAGGAAACAAAAUGCACGUGGAUGAUGAUUUAGGAAGAUGGAAUAUAGGAGAUGAUGACCUAGAAAAUUCUGGUACAAAUGUGAAUGCCCAGAAAAGAGAGCUUGAACUACGUCCUGUGACAUCAGAUGAUAAGACAGAGACUUUUGCUACAAUAAAAACAGGUUUCCAAUUGGAAGAUAAAACGUUACUGAGUGAGCCAGUGUCCUCACAAAACUCUGUCACUUCAUCUGAGCCAGUAUCCUCACUAAACUCUGUCUCUUCAUCUGACAACACUUCAAGCAGUCAUUUUCAUGGUACCGACUUUGUUGAAUUUGAUUUCCCUAUAGUUGUGUACCCUGACCCUAGGAGUCAAACAAAGAUUACUGUUUUGGAUAGUUAUGCCCUCAGUCAGAAGCCUAUAGAUACAUCAGGAGUAAGCAUUACUCAUGAAGUUUACAACCAGGCCAAUGAUGGGAAGAUAUCACUAGACAAGUCUAGUACAGCUGAUCAGAACUCUGAAAAUUUAAGUUCAGUAGGUAGAUUGAAGAUAAUGGAAGAUUCUUGCCAAGAAACCGGUUCCAGGGCUAGUUCCCUACUUAAUUAUUCACAACUUGAUACCAUGAGUUUGUUACCGGAUUUUACAUCUGAGUCUUCUGAUUCAGACAAAAUGAAGAAGGUUAAUGUGAGAACAACUAAAAUCAUUUCAGGUUUCAUGUUUUCUAAUCCUACUAAGAUCAAGAAAGAUGCAGUACCAGUUCAUAGAAAUUGUGAUGAAUCCUCGAAAAACUUAAAUGAAGCUUUAAGCCAACAACCAUCAGCCACCAUGUCUAAUGUGACAAUUUCUCAUGAUACAAGUUUAUCCAUGGGCAAGCUACAGUUUAGAUCACUGGGUUCCUUUUAUGGAGAGGAAGAUGCUAUGAUAUCUAAGCAAAGUGAAAGGAAGGACUGUCGAGCAGAAAAUAACCAUUAUGAAGUUGAAUUUUUAGCUCAAAAACAUCUGUUGCAGGGUGCAAUAUCAAAUUCAUAUAAUAAUUUAAAGAGCUCAUCAAAAGUGAUAAAUGGAGUUGAAAUUUGUAGUCCCAUUAAGUCUCCAACAGAAGCUUCAAAAGGUGCACCAAAGGCAAAGAAAACCAGGGAGGAGUCUACAAAGAAAGUUUAUUUUGACUGGGAUAGCUUGCGAACGGAAGCAUGCCAGAAUGGUUAUAAUUUAGAGAGAAGUAAAGAUAGAAUGGACUCAUUAGAUUGGGAAGCUGUAAGACAUUCAGAUAUAAAAGAAAUUUCAGAGACUAUAAAAGACAGAGGAAUGAGCAAUAUACUAGCAAGGAGGAUCAAGGAUUUUCUUAACCGAUUAGUUGCAGAUCAUGGAAGUCUUGACCUUGAGUGGCUAAGGGAUGUUGUACCAGAAAAAACAAAGGAUUACCUUCUCAGCAUAGAAGGGGUAGGACUCAAGAGUGCUGAGUGUGUUAGGCUAUUGACACUUCACCAACAUGCUUUCCCUGUUGACACAAAUGUUGGGCGAAUAUGUGUUAGACUUGGCUGGGUGCCUCUUCAGCCCCUACCAGAGUCCCUUCAAUUGCAUCUUUUGGAGAACUAUCCAUAUUUGGAGACGAUUCAAAAGUAUCUUUGGCCUCGAUUAUGCAAGCUGGAUCAACGAACAUUGUAUGAACUACAUUAUCAAAUGAUAACUUUUGGAAAGGUAUUUUGCACAAAAAGUAAACCAAAUUGUAAUGCAUGCCCAUUGAGAGGAGAGUGCAAGCACUUCGCUAGUGCAUGGACUAGUGCUAGAUUGCUUCAAGGGCCAGAGGAAAGAGGAAUAGUGAAAUCAACAAUGAGUAAUGCAUUGGAAAACCAUGAAAUCAAACUACUAAAUGCAAUUCCAUUGUGCCAAAAUGGAGAGAAUUACUUUGUGCAAGGAACUAGGCAUGAAGAUGAAAUUAUUAUUGAAGAGCCACCAUCACCAUCACCUGAACCCCAAUGCCAAAUAGCUUUUGAAAGUCAAAUAGAAGAAACUUAUAAUGAAGAUCCUUGCGAAAUUCCUACCAUAAAUUUGAACUUGGAAGAGUUCACACAGAACUUACAGCACUAUGUGCAAGAAAAUGUUGAGCUUCCAGAAGGUGAAAUUGAAAAGGCUAUAGUUGCUCUCACUAGUGAAUCUGCUUCAAUUCCUGUACCCAAGCUUAAGAAUGUGAAACGGCUACGGACAGAGCAUCUAGUCUACGAGCUUCCAGAUGGGCAUCCUCUGCUUGAAGGGCUGGAGCAAAGAGAGAAUGAUGAUCCUUGUCCAUAUCUCCUCAGCAUUUGGGCCCCAGGUGAAACUGCACACUCGAUUGAACCACCACAAACAUGCUGCAAUCAUGAAGAAACAGGGAGAAUAUGUGAAGAUAUGACAUGCUUUUCUUGCAGUUGUAGAUGGGAGGAACAAACUCAAAUAAUCAGAGCAACACUUCUGAUACCAUGUCGAAUAGCAAAUAGAGGAAGCUUUCCACUGAAUGGCACUUAUUUCCAAGUUAAUGAGGUAUUUGCUGAUCAUGAGUCGAGCCACAAUCCAUUAUUUGUUCCAAGAAGAUUGAUAUGGAAUCUCCGCAGGAGGAUUGUUUAUUUUGGCACCAGCAUACCAACAAUAUGCAGAGGUCUAUCUACAGAGGAGAUCCAACUCUGUUUUGCAAGAGGGUUUGUUUGUUUACGAGGGUUUGACCGGAAAAGAAGGAUACCCAAACCCCUUAGUCGAAGAUUACACCUAGCAGCAAGCCAUGCACAGAAAGAUAAGAAGUCUACCCAUAAGGAUGAGAAGAAUGCUGGCAAGGACAGUUGCGGGGUUGUGAAGCCGUCGCAAUCCUAUGGCAGUCGUAGACACCUCAAUCCUGCAAUGACCUCCAUGGGAUCAUAG